UGGUAUUCUGACUACUUCAUCAAGUAGCAACUCUUCCAGCACUACUAGAUACUUGAAGUUGUCGAUUUGCGAGAAUGAAACGAGCAGUUGCGGUUGUGCGGGUGGGAGAAUGGAAGGCGCCGUGCCAUGCGCCUUAGGUCAAAGAUCAAGAACCUAAGGCUCAAAGUAAGACAACUAUCCAUCUACUUCAACACCACAGUCUCAUCGUUGGCGAUCUAUAUGCCGCCAGCCCUCAUCACCAGUAUUCAAUGGGACAGCGACAUCGUGGUCUGUCUCAUGGGUAUUGUGCUUCACGCAGUACUCAGAGCUUCCCCAUACUUUAGAGGAAGGACGAACAAGCACCUUGCAAGAUAUAGGCAAUUAACCUUUGAUUUCCAUUCGAAUGCCACGAGGCUGAAACCAUGAUUGUAAAUGAAUACAUGCC